UAUUGAAUUCAACACGAGAAAUAAAACUUUCUCGCACAAAAUGCAGUUGACACCGAUAGUAGUUUUCUAUCGUAAUGAUGGUAGAUUGUUCACAAGUAUCUAACCACAUGUUGUGAUGUUUUUGAUUGAUCAAUUUUUCCAUUAUAAAGGCUUUACACUACGAAUUUCAUUCGACUCUAGCCUUGAAGAAGAUGUUUCAAUCAAUGGAGGGCCCUGGGUGUUAAUCCACGAUCGUUCGAUUGGUAAGCGGAUGCGCAGCCGUUCAGACGACGAAGACGUUUUUGAUGAUGGUAGAUAUUUUGGAUUAUCUCCAAAGUGCAUUCAAAUGCAUUUCCAUUUGAUGAUCAGAGAUGAAUCAAAUUUAUUUUCUUUCAAACUGAACUUGAAAUCUCUUCUCACUUGUGUGGAUCUAUCCCGGAACCAUGUUAAUGAAAUAAAAAUGUCGAGUGCUCAAAAUGAAGGUCAUUUAUUGUACGUUAACUCUGCUCUCAGUCAUCACAGCAAGGGAUAAUAAUUAAUGCUUUAUUCAACCGUGUAAUAGUUUACACUUUUUCUUAACGAAUUUUAAUGUCUAUUAAACCUGUUCAGAGAAAUAACGAGUAAUCAGAGAGAGGCCACAGUUACAAUAAAUACUGUGAAAGGAUGCCCACAAGGAGGGGUUCUUUCACCUCUGUUAUGGUCAUUGGUAGUAGAUAACCUACUGGCACUUCUUGAAAGGAUAGGAUUUGAAAUCAUAGGCUUUGCAGAUGAUAUUGUAAUUGUAGUUCGUGGAAAAUAUGAGCAUGUAAUCAGAGAUAGAUUGCAAGUUGCUCUAAACUUAACCAUAGCAUGGUGUAAGGAUGAGGGUUUAUUUAUAAAUCCUCAUAAAACUACUGUUGUUCCAUUUACACGUUGAAGGAAAAUGAAAAUACCAGAUUUGCAUUUGCUGGGAACUAAAAUAGUAUUUUCUCCAAAGGUGGAAUAUUUAAAAGUAACUCUUGAUAGCAAGCUCAAUUGGAACUCGCAUUUAGAUGAAAUAAUACAUAAGGCUACGAAUGCAUCUUGAAUUAGUAAAAGAAAAUUCGGUAAUAAAUGGGGACUUAGACCUAAAAUGAUCUACUGGAUCUACACUGCUAUAGUGAGACCUAGAAUAACAUAUGCGUCAUUAGUUUGGUGGCCAAAAACAAAAUCCAAGCAUGGUCAGGAAAAGCUAGGAAAAUUACAAAGGUUAGCUACAAUUUCUAUCACAGGAGCAAUUCGUAGUACGCCAUCAAAGCACUAGAUACAAUGUUGAAUCUACUUCCCUUAUAUCUAUUCGUUCAAUUGGAGACGGAAAAAACGCACUAAGGUUGAAAAGAACAAAACUGUUUUUUGAUGAAGACCUUAGGGGUCAUUUAACUAUUCUAAAGGAAUUCAAACUUAAUCCGAUACUAACUCAGGUGGACUGGAUGAGCAGGCAAUAUAACUUUGAACGACUAUUCAAUGUGACUGAGCCAAGCCGCACUGAAUGGGAGCCAGGGAUACCUGAUAUUCACCCAGGAUCUAUAAUUUUCUACACUGAUGGUUCCAGAUUGAACGAAAGAGCCGGGGCUGGAAUAACCGGUCCUGGAGUGAACAUACCAAUUUCAAUGGGCAAGUGGCCAACUGUAUUUCAGGCAAAAGUACAGGCAAUUAUUGAAUGUGCAACAAUUUGUCUAAGGCGCAAUUAUAGACAUGCUAAAAAAAGGCAUUUUUUCUGACAGUCAAGCUGCAUUGGAAGCAUUGAAGUCAGUUACCUGUACUUCUAAAUUAGUUUGGGAGUGUAUUCAACGUCUUCAAGAGGUAGCUAAAAAAGUGCAGUGAACCUAUUCUGGGUUCCAGGGCACUGUGAAGUUGAAGGUAAUGAAAAAGCAGAUUUGUUAGCUAGAUGUGGAUCAUCGAAACCAUUCCUAGGACCAGAAUCAUUUUGUGGGGCCCCUGAAUGUACCCUCAAAGUGGAAUUCAAGAACUGGGAAAAAUCAAAGAUUGAUGGCAUCUGGACACAUAGUACAGUAGCUCGACAGACUAAAUCAUUUAUAUCACCAAGUGAAAAAGUAACUGAAAGACUUCUCAGUCUAACAAAAAAAGACCUAUGCACUUUCAGUGGCCUAGUGACAGGACAUUGUCCAAGUAAAUACCACCUAAAGAAACUACGUAAAUUGGAAGAUGAUACCUGUCGUUUAUGUAACCUAGAAAGUGAAAGCUCGGAACAUUUAUUAUGUAAUUGCGAAGCACUUUUUCAUAGAAGGCGCAAUUUCUUCGAUAAAGGUUUAAUGCAACCCUCAGAUGUUUGGAUAACUUCCCCCAAUAAGGCAAUUAAGUUCAUUCGUGCUAUAAUACCUUAUUGGGAUCAUGUCUACAGUCAGCAAGUGGAAAUCACACCAACUAAUAGCGAUACGACACCCUGAUAAGGCUUACAACAAAUAGGGGCCCGCCACAAUAGAUCAAAUAACUGGUCGUAGUGGAAAAUGUACCCAACAGGGGAAAAACACCUGUUCAGACAUUAAUACGGAGCUUCUAUGAAUAAGAUAACAGUUCUCCGUUUAAACAGAAAAUUAUCAGCGUGGAAAGAUAGGAGGAUCUCUUUCAAAGGAAAUUAAUUCAACCACAAAGGGUUAAAGAAAAAAUAGCGAAAAACUAACAUUUGGAUUUGAUGAAAUCUCGAUCUUUUCUUCGGAUACCACUUAUCAUACUUUGGACACUCUGUUGGCUAUGCCCAAUACUUCUCAAUCGGGCGGAAUUGAGGGCAGUUGGGUGGAUUGUUGUCCUUUACGAAGUAAUCAAACCCGUUGUUCCGAUACCACUGUAGUACCUCUCCGCUGUAUUGGCGGCUUGCCGACAAAAUGAGCUUUCCAGCACUGAAAGAAAAAACAUUCCAAAACAAACUGAUGUCAAAACAUUUCAGAUCAGACCACUGGGAGCGCCACAGUAGAAUAAACAGUGCGUCCAGAUAUGAAAUGACUCGAGCUUUAUUUUCCCUUUUCUGAGGACAGAAAGAGAAACGAGAUCAUCUGAUUAAAAAUGUUCCUUCUACUUCUAGACUACGAUAUCAAAACACAUAUCUGUAAACAAGUGCGAUGUAGCGUAGCGGCUCAUCCUCUCCACCAUCAUUUCGUGACUUUAAGAUUUCUGGCGAAAUACUCAUGUCUCUCAAACGCACGCGUAUUCCAAACCAAUAUACCCAAAUUGAAUUCAUUUAAGUGAAUAUAUUCAAAUUAUUGUCCAUUUUUAAGCCUUCAUGCCAAAGAAAUAGCGGAAAGCAGAUGUUGACGAAAGCAUCCAAAUUGGGCAGUGGUGAAAGGACAAUUGCUUCCCAUACGGUUACCAUCCCACAAUCUAGCGGCGAAACACUUCAUUCGAACUGCCCGCCGAAGUACCGUAGGCUGCAAAAAGAUAUACAUCAACUACAUGCCAGUAGUGUACACCUUCUUAGAAGGGAAUUGAUCCUUCCAACCACUCAAUCUUUCAAUUUCAAAACCGCUUCAUUUGAAGUAGAGAAUCCGUUACGUGGCGUUUGUCGCAUGUGCGCCAAGUAAGUCGGCCAUCGAAUGCAACUACGCCUGCUGCGAUCACCGAUUGAACGAGGAGCGCAGUUCAGAACAUUUAUUCGAUAUUUAGUCCACAAAUCGUUUAUUUUUAUACGGCCGCCGGGAUAUUAACCAGUUGGUGGUGUGAUUUGGAACCAACUUGUUUGCGAGUUAUUUCAGUCGGUUUUUCAGAUUGAUCCAUUCGAGUCCAAAUAUUUUGGCGUUGCGUGGCGUGGCGGUGAUUCUUCGAAAGUUUUCAAUUUAUUUAUUCUGAUUGUGUACCGUAAUGGAUCUAAGUCAUUGCCGUUAAGAGCCACGCCAAGCUGGUUGAAUUAGGUCGUAAACGCUCUGCUACGAUCAGCUCGGUGGAAUGAGUGCAUAAAUUUCUGCAAAUUGUGCGACACACCGCGCACGCGAGAGAACAUCGCAGAGACGCUGUGGGAGAAGAUCAAUUUGAACAGUGAAUGAGCGCCGGCGCAAAGCGCGGCCCGAAGAGACAAUGCAUUUACACCCGAGCUGCUCAGAAUCGAAUCUCUGCCUGAACUCACCGUACUACGAGCAAUUCAGCAAACCUGUUUCCGCCGGAGUAAUCGCCGCUGUCGGAAGCAAAAAACAGUCAACAGAAGGCACAGCUGGGAACAGUGUUGGUGGCGGCGGCUUUGGGACAACCGGAACGCCGAAAUUCAACGGAGCAUCAUCAACCGGAGCGGCGACAGCAGCAGUUUACAGUGGCAUUGGCGGAGGCGGAAGUGGAGCCAGCUAUCACUUGUGGGACGAGGUGAUUAGACGAUCAGCACACGGCGGCACGAUGUCACAAUCAGGCGGCGGAUAUAACUCACCCCACUAUCUGUCCUGGCGGAAGCUGCAGCUGAGUCGAGCGAAACUGAAGGCGUCCAGUAAAACGUCCGCGCUCCUAUCCGGAUUCGCAAUGGUCGCCAUGGUGGAAGUGCAACUGGACGAGAACACCACCGUCCCACCGAGCAUGCUGAUCACAUUCGCCGUAUGUACCACUCUGCUGGUAGCGGUCCACAUGCUUGCCCUCAUGAUUAGCACCUGCAUCCUGCCGAACAUCGAAACCGUGUGCAAUCUGCACAGUAUCUCACUCGUAAACGAAUCACCCCACGAAAGACUCCACUGGUACAUCGAGACGGCGUGGGCCUUUUCCACCGUGCUGGGGCUGAUACUGUUUCUGCUGGAGAUAGCCAUACUCUGUUGGGUGAAGUUCUAUGAUCUGAACACAACGGCCGCCUGGUCGGCGUGUAUCGUGCUCAUCCCAGUGCUGAUUAUAUUCGUUGUCUUCGCGUUACACUUCUACCGGUCGCUGGUGACGCACAAGUAUGAAGUGAGUGCCUCGGGCAUCCGAGAGCUGGAGAUGCUUAAGGAACAGAUGGAGCAGGAUCAGUUGGAUCUCCAUCAUCAUCAUGGUGGACCACCGUACCAAUCGGUGCAGAUCGUCUGAUCGAGUGCGAGAUCGAGUUCGCGUACACGGACGCCAACGUGUGUGAAUCUGUGAUUGUGAUUGCUAUUGGUCACACAUUUGAACAUUUUUUUGUUUUGUUGAAUCUUGGAACCAGCUGUAAUCUUUAUUCCUUUUUAUUAUUACUCAUUAACGUAAUAGUUUUAAGUCCACACCAUCCUCUCCCAUUGAACAACACACCGUGAGCGAAGGAACCUUCCCCACUAAUUGUGAUUAUGCGCUUAAGUGAAAUGAACUAAAGACAUACCUAGCAAGCUUUUACAAUUACAAAUAGUGUUCGUUUCCACUGAAGAAACUUA